AUGGGUAGAUAUCUCCUGCGCAAUAUGAUUCCAGUGAGUGCUAUUUAUCCCAUUCUACUUGUUGGAACCAUCGGCAUUAAGAAGCAUCCUGGUGAUUGGAUCAUUCUGAUUAUAUUCACCAUCUUCACUUCGAUGGUUCUUGGCGUUGGUUGUAUGUUUGUCAAAGAUAACACCCUCAUCAUGGCUGUUGUAGUUACGCUUGCAGUGGUUUUCCUUCUGGUAAUUUAUGCCCUGACAACCAAAACCGACUUCACUGGUUGCGGCCCAUACCUCUUCUGCACUCUCUCGAUUUUGGUGCUCUGCGGUAUUUUUGGCUUAACGCGGUUGUUGGACCCGAACGUGUAUGCUUACAUUGGAAUUGCUCUCUUCUCGCUGUAUAUCGUGUACGACGUUCAGAUGUGCGCGUCCACGAAGCUGGGAGCGCAGUACAGCGUAGAUGAUUAUGUGUUGGCUUCGCUGAACAUGUGGGAAUGUGUGUGA